CUUUUGAAAAAAAAAACAAACAAAAUCAGUUCAUUUACCAAACUAUGGACAAAAUAUUGCAUUUGAUGACAAAACAUUAAGUAUAUUUACCCAGGCGAGCAAUGAGCACACACCAAUGCCCCAAAUAUUCGAGUGACGACGACGUCGAGAUAUUGAAAGAUGCAAUGGAGGAGCUGCAAAAAUAAGCUUGAAAAGAUCCUAAAAAACCAAAAUGACUUUUGCAAGGUGGAACUGGACUAUUUUCCCGUGUAUGAUCCCGACGAGCUUUCCAAUCUGGAUGCGAAUCUUUCAAAGCCGGGCAAUAGCACAAAACGCUCAUAUUAUUCACCGCAUCCUGAGGCCAGAAGGUCGAAUAGAACCGCUGAAAAACAAUUUGUCAAAGAUGUUCAACUACGAUAUUCUCAUGGCUUACAACUGCGACGGUGAGCUCUCAGUCAGCAGUCAGUCAUCUCAUACAAAUAUAUUAACGAAACUAUUUUUGGGGUCCUGAAAACAGACAUUAAGGCGACGAUAUCAUAAAAGAAACCACGACUUACGGAGGAGGAUUAGACAGAACCAAAAGUGUGAGCCAGAUUCUGAUUGGGAUUAGCCGAUAAGCUGGUAUCAAUGCUGCAUUUCGUUUAUUUGCAACGUUUAUCUCAACGAAAGGAAUAUUAAGCCAAACCGGUUUUGGCUCUCUGCAGUAAGUUGUGUUCUUUCCGCUUUAAUGAGGUUAUUUUCGGCUUGCAUAGCGCCUCGAAACGCCAGUCUUUUAAACCGUAACGUUCUGGUCGACAUCCCCUUGGAAAAAUAUGGAUCAAAGAUUUCACCACAUGUGGCUUUUAAGUGGUUCUAAUAAUUGUUAUUAUUUACCAUACUUUUGUUUUCCAUUGCAAAGCAAUCACUGAUUUAUUUAUUUAUUCGAUUUUUAAGUUCUGAUUUCACCUAAUUAGUCAUUUUUUAAACCUUAUUGUAAAUUAACUGACG